AUGGGACACACAGAGCAUCCUCCUCCGCCUCGACACAUCGCCUUGGUAAGACAACGGUCACAUCCGUCGGACGCGUGUUUACCCGCUGCGACAGGAGGAAGACGAAACGCGCGCUUGGGCGUCACCUUUGAACGUCAGCGUCGUGUCCGAAAGCAGUGCCAGUGUUGUUCUGAUCCUGUCCGGCGAGAUUCCAGCUGCAGACACGGAUGGUGAAAGGAGUAACUGCAGGAGUUUCUGACCUGCAUGUGAACCAGAGAUACUAGAUUAAAGAUGGGGCGCAGGAAGUCCAAGAGGAAGCCUCCUCCCAAGAAGAAAAUGACGGGUAACCUGGACACGCAGUUCACUUGCCCGUUCUGCAACCACGAGAAAUCCUGUGAUGUCAAAAUGGAACGAACCCGCAACACAGGAAUUAUAUCAUGCAGUGUUUGCUUGGAGGAGUUCCAGACUCCAAUAACCUACCUGUCCGAGCCGGUGGAUGUUUACAGUGACUGGAUCGAUGCCUGUGAGGCAGCCAAUCAGUAGUCAUGUUUUUCCGUGACUCACCUUCUUCCUCUAACCUCACUCACUCACACAUCUGCCCUUCGGUCUGGUGUGUCAGCUCUUUGCACCGUGUAGCAAAACAUUAUGCUCUUCUUCUAUAAGCGUGUGACAUGCUUAGUUGUUUUUUUUUUUGCUUUAGAAUGACUUGCUGAGCAUGACACGUUCCUCUGGCAGGGCCAGAGUGCUGCCACGUUGUCUUGACAGCAACCGGUCCACGUCACGGUUCUCAGCAUAAAGGUCAUUCAUAUCUCAUUUCAUCGUUUCCCUUAUGAAGUGUUGUUUUCCUUUUCCAUUUGAUGGAGAGGAUCCGUCUUUUUCCUGGAUCCAGCUGUCAUAUGAUUAAGUUUAAAAUGUGAUCCAGCUGAUGUUUUUUACUUCUAUAAAACAUUCCACGUCCGUUAUUAAUAUAAAUAUUCUUUUUAGUUUGCUACAGGGUUGUAUGCAGAAUAUGACACGCACAAGUGUUACUUUUUUGGAAGUAGUGUUUUAGUUUUCAACCCUGUCACUAAUGCACUGAAACCUUUUGUUGUUGUUUUUUUGAAACUGCCAAAUCAUUCCUUCCUUCGGAAAAUAGUACCUAUUUGUACUGUUAGAUUUUAUUUUCCUUUUUAAAGAUCACAAUCAUGAAGUUUCUUUUUUUUUUUACACUUUUGUGUAUGUCACAUGUGCUGUGUAAUUUGUUGUAAUGAGAAAAAUAAACCAGAAAAGUAUUUUUGAA